AUCCCUCACUGUGGAGAAUCUGGAGCUCCUUAACCAAGUAACCAAAUGUAGCCUCGCCAGCAGUGGGACUGUCAGUAUCCCGUGCCUUCCGAUAAGGCAGAGGAUUAUAUGACUUCUAUCUGCCUAGAGAAGAAUUAUGGAUCUACAACAUGGAAACCGGACGAUGGAAAAAAAAUUAACCCUGAAGGUGAUGUGCCUCCUUCUAUGUCAGGAAGCUGUGCUGUGUGUGUAGACAGGGUGCUGUACUUGUUUGGAGGACACCAUUCAAGAGGCAAUACAAAUAAGUUCUACAUGCUGGAUUCGAGAUCUACAGACAGAGUGUUACAGUGGGAACGAAUUGACUGCCAAGGAAUCCCUCCAUCAUCAAAGGACAAGCUGGGCGUGUGGGUAUAUAAAAACAGAUUAAUAUUUUUUGGAGGGUAUGGAUAUUUACCUGAAGAUAAAGUAUUGGGAACUUUUGAAUUUGAUGAAACAUCUUUUUGGAAUUCGAGUCAUCCAAGAGCAUGGAAUGAUCAUGUACACAUUUUAGACACUGAAACGUUCACCUGGAGUCAGCCGAUCACUACCAGUAAAGCACCUUCACCUCGCGCUGCCCACGCCUGUGCAACAGUUGGGAACAAAGGCUUUGUGUUCGGAGGCAGAUACCGAGAUGCCAGAAUGAAUGACCUUCACUACCUUAAUCUGGAUACAUGGGAGUGGACUGGAUUAAUUCCACAAGGCAUAUGCCCAGUUGGCCGAUCGUGGCAUUCACUAACGCCAGUUUCUUCAGAUCAUCUUUUUCUCUUUGGAGGAUUUACCACUGAUAAACAGCCACUAAGUGAUGCCUGGACUUACUGCAUCAGUAAAAAUGAAUGGAUACAAUGUAAUCAUCCCUAUACUGAAAAACCAAGGUUAUGGCAUACAGCCUGUGCCAGCGAUGAAGAAGUGAUUGUUUUUGGUGGCUGUGCCAACAACCUGCUUGUUCACCACAGAGCUGCACACAGCAAUGAAAUACUUAUAUUCUCAGUUCAACCAAAAUCUCUUGUACGGCUAAGCUUAGAAGCAGUCAUUUGUAAGGAGGCGCAGAAAGAACUCAACAUUGCUUCUGUGUAGUCCUGCCAAAAACGUACGAUUUCAGUAUGAUCGUCA